AUGGUUAUUGGUCUUAGUAAUGGAUAUAGUGGAAUUAAAUUGGAUAUUGAUGAAGCCUUUAUUGGUUAUAAAUCUAAAAAUAAAAAUAUCAAAUUUAAACUUCCAACAACAUUUUUUUGGAAUGAUGGGGAUAUUUUUGGUUUUGGAUUGGUAUAUCCAUCUAAAAUGAAUGAAUUACCAUAUGCUUUCUUUACUCAAAAUGGAAAAUUAAUUGGUAAAUCUUUAUUAUUGAAACACGAUGAUUGUGACAAUUAUGAAAUUUUUGCCCAUCUAAAACGUUGUUCUAUUGUAGCCAACUUUGGAAAUGAUUUGAAGGCUAAACCAUUUGUUUAUAAUAUUACCGAACAUUCUGCGCCGAAGGAAUUUUAUGUUGAUUCUGAUGGUUCUUUUAAGAUGGAUACUGAUGAUUCCAUUAGUACUGAUAGUUCUGUUAUGACAGAUUCUGAUUAUUCUAUUAGUAGUUAUGAUGGUUCAAUUAGUAGUCUCUCACUAGUAAUUUCUCAAUAA